UCCAAAGUGGCUGUACUAGUGACUGCUGGCUAUCAAUAAUUAAACAUUAUUUCCACUACUUCGUUUCCCUCAGUUUGUUUGAGCAGUUUGUUUGAGCUUGCUUAUUAGUGAUGCAAACAUCCCACGAAAUUAGCAACGAAGUUGUUGCUAAUGAUGAUGACAGAAAUGCCUCAGAGGCAGAUGCCAGGGAGAAGGAGUCUACAAGUGAAGUUAUAAAUUCUGGAAAAAACACACGCCGUUUAGAUUUAUCACUUAAUAUACCCCCAAGACAUCCACAUUUUGGUAGUAUUGGAAGCGGGAAGGCUUUACUCCAGUCUCCUAGUGUUUCAUCCAACGGUGGGACCUCAUCACGGGGCAUUUUUAGAGGUUUAAGUUUCAAAAAGAAGGAUCCUCCCAAUGGUGAAAGUAGCUCCCUUCUUCGUUCUGACACAAAUGCACCACCACCCGGAAGCCCUGCUGUGACCAACCAUAUGUCCGCUUUAAAAGGGAAACGAUGUACAUCUCUUCCGGUCAAACAUGGGUCAAUUCCUUCCCCUUCAGUCACCACGCCCAUUUCAGCAAGGACAUAUAGUGAACAACAAAAAUCACAAAUAGGGGCGGCACAACCUUCAGUUUCGAGGUCUCUUUCUGUGCCUGGACGAAACAUUGUUAUUGUAAGAUCAAUCUCAUUUGCAACCCGCAGGGAUAAUGAUCAAAUAGAAAGUGCUGAUGAUCAUAACAGUCCUGUUCAAGUGGAAAAUGAUGAAGAGAUUGACGAGGAAGAAGCAGUUUGCAGGAUCUGUUUUGAUACAUGUGAUGAAGGUAAUCAGCUCAAAAUGGAAUGCAGCUGCAAAGGUGACCUAAGACUUGUACAUGAAGAAUGUGCUGUCAAGUGGUUUAGUGUCAAAGGGAACAAAAACUGCGAUGUUUGUGGUCAAGAAGUCUCAAAUUUACCAGUGACUUUACUUCGUAUGCAUAGUUCUGUUCAAAGACAAAAUAUCACAGCACAAAAUCAACAGGGUCUCAAUUCUGCAACAAUAAGUGCCUGGCAGGACUUUGUGGUGCUAGUUUUGAUCAGUACAAUAUGCUACUUCUUUUUCCUCGAGCAGCUUCUGAUCCACGACCUGAAAACUCAAGCUGUUGUGAUUGCGGCACCAUUUUCUUUUACAUUUGGCAUUUUAUCAUCUACAUUUGCGGUUAUUCUAGCAAUCAGAGAGUAUAUUUGGACAUAUGCGGCUCUUGAAUUUGCACUUGUAGCUAUGAUUCUACAUUUGUUUUAUUCUUGGCUUCAGUUGAAGGCAAUAUAUGCAGUAAUGCUGUCAUCAGUUUUGGGGUUUGGAACAGCUAUGACCCUCAAUGCAUUGUAUAUCCGCUACUUUGUCUGGCGAGUUCAAAUCCCUCGAGAAUCCAACAGCGUUUAAUGAGUGAAAUAUGUUACAUAUUAUAUAAAUUGUGUACAUAAUUAAUCUCUCUUGACACAAGGGGCUAAUCAGUCUGGAGGUUCAUUUCCAUAAUUCCAUUGACCUCAGUGGGUUGUACCAGUGUUGAGGGGAAAAUGUGUUUGUACUAGUGUUUCCUUUGUAUUUCUUGAAAAAAUGGUCUCCAUUUUGGAGUCCAUGAUGAUUUCUCUCUAUAAAAAUGGUAAUUUUGUA